CGUCAGCGCCCAAGGCCAGAGCAUGAUGCAGGAGGGCGGCCGCCAGCAGCGCCCUCCGCUCCCGCCGCCCACCAAAUUCGAGGGCAUUGACCCCGCCCCUCCUCCGCCGCCCAUCGACGCGCCCCUCGCCGUGGUGGGCGACGAAGGACCCGCCGAAUACAUCGACACGGCCACGGGCAAGCGGACGUCGCAGCCGAAGCCGUGUUGCGGAUGCAGGACGUGCGACUUCCGAUUCCCGCUGGAGAUGGACGAGGAAACCUCGAAGGUCUACCGCGAGGCCAAGUACUGCGGUCUGUCGUACACGUUCAUCUCGUCUUGGUGUCUGAUGCUGGUGUUUGGGACGGUGGCCGCGGGAGGCAUCGUGGCCGUGGGCUUCCUCGACCCCAAGAUGCUGCAGUACCAGAUCGUCGGGAUCGUCCUGGCGGUCGCCUUCGGAGUGGGCCUUCCGGUGUUCAUCGUGUUCUGGGUGUGCGUGCAGAGGGAGGCCCGAGACAUCCGCCGCCAGUACCCGAGCCAUGAAGAACAAAGAACAGGUCUACAAGGAAGAGAACAACGCCCUCGUCGAUAACGAGAAGGAAAAGAACAAACUGAAGAACAGCCGGAAGGACGAGGAGGAAGGGAAGGAACGAGAGAAGAGCGGGAAUGACACAGCUGUUGACAUCGGCCGCCCGAGGACACCUGGCGGCGAGGACAUCCAGUUGUUGCUUGACGAUGUUUAGGUGCGAAGGCGAAGGGGAGUGUGUGUGUGUG